GUCUAUUUGAGCUCUAUGGACAAUAAUGUAAUAAGAACAAUAGCGCAAAAAAAAUGUAUAACCGCACAAUCUCGUCUAAUAUUAGAAAUCGUUGUUAUCAAAUAUUGAAAAACAUUCACGCAGAGUCCACCUAUCAAAUGCACAGUUUCUGUGGGGAAGGGUAAUACAGUGACAUUGACAUUAUAAACUUCCGGACACCGUGAUGAUGGAGAAAGAUGACAUUCCCGGAGUUUUCACAGGAAUAACGCCACUCAACUUCAACUGGCCAAGACAUUGAGGAAACAUAUCCCUGAGUUGGUUCAGAAUUUAUUAUACUAAUGUUGCUGUUGUUUACAAGAUAUCCAGAUAGUAUGCGGAAGGGAACGGCGUUGUCCACGUCGAUGUGUCCAACACCAGAUUUAGCAUAAACAUCAGCUAACGUUAACCUGUGCUUAUUUCAGUGAAAUAGAGAGAUGGCCAAAGCAAUUACAUCACCUAAAUAAUUAGCCAAAGUUAGCUAACGCCCUAUAUUGCCUUUGGCAGAAUCACAGCCAUACGAAGUAAGUUAGCUAUCCUGGUUAACCUAAAAAAAAAUGCUCGUACCUCCCUUCCUAGUUAUGCCCAUAUCAAGUCAAGUGUCUUUUUAGUCAUACGUUUAAGUGAAAACAACCGUUCAUCUUAGCUCGGACCGAGCCAUACACUUUUCUAGCCAAUCAGCCAGGUGGCUCAGGAGCACUGUAGGGAGGAGAGCAAUUUGAUUGGCAGUUGAGCUCAACUAUCAACUGUAGAAUACUAUCCGCUGUUACUGAGCUUUAAUUGACACUUAACAGGUUUAUUAACAUAGAUGCAGGAUGUAGGCUACUUAAAUUAAAUCGUCCAGUGCGUAGCGUAACGGUACCGUUUCACCUCGGAUAUCCAUUUUAUCGUUUUGCAUUGAUCCUAUAAAUACUUUUAAGCUGUAGGGUACUUUUAUUUCGCUAGAUAUACACUUUGUGCCAAAUGCAAUUAUGAUGAUCAAAUAGGGGCGCGUUAGCACCCAAAUUCGUCGACAGGGCAUGCGCAUUGUCACAGUUCAGAGUUGAAAUGUGGUAUUUGUUGUUGUAUAAUGUUGUUGUAUGGCAACAUGCAUUAAGAUGCAACAUUUAAUAAAGAAAAACGACUGACAUAUUUGUAAUACUGGCAAGGAAACUGCUAGGUGCAGAGAACUAAGUUACUACAUGAAGAAUUCAGCAUUGAAGCCAGAAUCCCUCCACAGUGUUCUGAGUGCUGUGCCUCGUGGGCUGACACUGGGCCCCUCUUUGGCAAAAGAUGGCCAGUUUGGUCUGUGGUGUGUUGGUCAGCCACUGCAGAGAGGCACAAUUCUAUGCCUUGAAGAACAAGCUAAAGCUGAGGAAAUCGUGGAGAAACUUGGAGAAAAUACUUGUUUAACUGUUUCUAAGGAGCAACUUUCAGACCGCAUGUACUGGUUGAGGUUUGCUUGCAAUGCAAAACACAAGAAGGAGCAGAAUGUGAAGAUUCAUGAAGUCAAUGGAAAGUUGUGCCUCCAGGCCUGUGAGAAUAUCAGCCCAGGGACAGAGCUGCUGUUUUGGUUGAAGGACAAUGAAAUCUCCAAUGAUCUAGAUGCACGUGAGGAAAAGCUUGUUGUUAUGCCAGGCAAACCCUGCCAGGAAGGAAUAUAUCCCAAACCAGGAGAUGACGAACCCUCGGGAGACAAUAUUAAAGAGCAGGAAUCUUCAGACACUGAAGUUCUCUCAGGGCAUCCGGAAAAAGUCUUGCCGAUUCUUGAGCAUCCCGAAGUCCACCCACCAUCACCAUCACCAUCACCAUCACCAUCACCAAAGAAUGAAGAAAAACACUCUGCAGAGGUUCCAGUCCAGAAGACUAAGCCUCACUUCAGAAUGAAAAAGACACCUAUACCUGCCAAUCAGACCUGUCAAUCAAAAAAAGAUGUAGAGGAUGUUUGUGAAAAUAACAGUACUGAUACUAAAAUACCUUCCUUGAACUUGGUUCAGUUUUCUGAUCUUACCAUGGUAGAGGAGAGUCAAACUACAGUGGCUGAAAAUUGUGAUGGGAAAGAUCCUGAGGCAGUCUCUGGGCCUAUAAGAGCUAGCUCUCGUCUUGCAGCUAAACCAAGAAAGGUCCACACUCUUGUCAGUCAUAUCCACAAGCGCCUGCAUGAGCGUAAGGUUAGGACCCUGCAGCAGCAAGCAAAGGAGAAACUCCUAUCUGUAAACUGUGCGGAGAGUGGGCAUGCUGUCCAAGAGCCAGGCCUGGAAGACAAAGAUGCCAUCCAUACAAUCAAAACUGAUGAUGAGGUGGAUAAAGCUAAACAGAAACGGGCCAAGGAUUCUCUCAGGUUAAAAUCCAAUCCAAUCCAACUUUGCGUGAGAGAAAGAAAGUACAAAUGUGAUCAGUGUGACAAGAGUUUCUUUCAGUUAUGCCACCUUAAAAAGCACAAGUUCACUCAUUCUGAUUUAAAACCCUACCUUUGCACAGAGUGCGGAAAGAACUACAGUUCCCAAGAGAGUUUCCGUGCUCACCUCUUGAUGCACCGAGGUGAGAGGCCAUAUAAAUGCCAACAGUGUGACAAGAGGUAUGGCUUAAAACGAGACCUGAAGGAACAUGAAGUGCUGCAUACGGGGGAGAAGCCCUUUGUCUGUGAUGUGUGUGGCAAGGCCUUCGCCCGGCGGCCCUCCCUGCGCAUCCACAGAGAGGCACAUAGAGCAAAGGAAGCAAAUUACCAGCCUCCCAAGAUCAAGUGUCCUGACUGUGGCAAAGAGCUGGCGAACUCAGGCUCCCUGAGGAACCAUAUGCGCCUGCACACAGGUGAGCGUCCCUACCCCUGCCCUCACUGUGGGAAGACAUUCCGACAGCGAGGCAACCUGCUGGGACAUCUGCGCAUCCACACGGGUGAAAAACCCUACAAGUGUGAUUACUGUGACCAGCACUUCUCGCAAGUACCUGAACUUCGACGGCACCUCAUCUCUCACACAGGUGAGGUCUACCUCUGCACUGUCUGUGGGAAGGCUCUGCGGGACCCUCAUACACUGCGGGCCCAUGAACGUCUGCACACCGGCGAAAGGCCUCACAAGUGCAAUGUUUGUGGAAAGGCCUACACCAUGGCCACAAAACUAAGGCGGCACAUGAAGUCCCAUUUAGAGGACAAGCCGUAUAAAUGUCAGAAAUGUGGUGCAGGCUACACUCUUAUGCAGAGCCUCAUUCGUCAUCAGAUCUCUCACAAGAAGAAAGUGGAUAAAGCCCUGGAAACUCUUGAGACAUCAAGUCAUCCAGCCCCUGUAAGAGGCCGACCCCGAAAGACAAUACAGAAGUGUGUGACAAAUAUGUGGUCAAUUGAAACUGAGAAGGAUGUGGAAAGCCAAGCAAUGAUGUAUGUUGAAACUGUGGAGGAGCUGUCAGUUGUUCCUCAUACGGAGGAAGUGAUCAUCAGCUCUGGACCAUUCCAUGAGGGUAUGGUUCUAAUGGAACAUGGAGCAGAGCAAGGGCUCAGCAGAAUCCAGUUAAAUGACGACAUUAUUGAGAUUAUUGUGUCGGAUUCUCCAUCUAAAUGCAUAAUGCUACAAGAGCAGGAAGUGCACACUAAUAUGGUUAUUCUGCAAGGAGAGGAUGGACUUAAUUCUGUGGCUGAAACCAUUGAGAUAGAAUCAGGGAUGUAAUAUUGGAUUCUGUGUAAGGGUAUGUCCAUUUUUCAUAGCAUACAACAUAUAAUCAUUUUUGUGGUACAGAUGUGACUCAAGUUAUUAAAGUUGGUUCAAGUCA